CCUUCAGGCCCAGAAAGGUUGCCAGAUGGCAGGAGCAUCCCACUAUCACCAGUGGCUGCUGGCUGUUGAAGAAAGGAAGGAUAUCGGCUUGGCUGCCCAAAAGAAGCAUCCUCUGGAUGACCCCAUGAAAAAGCUGAGAAGCACAAUGGCUAUUGGGCUCCGAAGCCCUCAGCUCAACUACGAAAAUCCCCUGAGGGUAGCAGAGGAAGUAGUGCAGCUGCCCACCCACAUAGAACGGGCGGAAAAGGACUUCAAAGAUCGGAAAAUCAAGUACCUCACCCUUUUUAAAAAAGGCGCAAGGUCUUCUGGUGGCUGGCAACUUUUUGGGAGAAGUUUCUACUAUAUUUCGAAAGGACAAAAGACCUGGUACGACGCUGAGAACUUCUGUUUGUCCAGAGAUUCCCACCUGGCCUCCAUCCUCAGUGAUGAAGAGCAGAACUACAUCAACUCUCAGCUCAAACAGUCUACCUGGAUUGGCCUUUCAGAUGAAGAGGUGGAAGGUAACUGGGAAUGGACAGAUGGCUCCAGUUUAACCACACAGUAUUGGUCUGAUGGUCAUCCCAGGCCCACAUGGGAGUCUGGAGAAGAGGAGAAAGAUUGCGCUUUCAUAGAGCCUUUUACUGGUGGGCCUAACUGGAGUGAAGCCAACUGCCAUGAAGUGAAGCAAUGGGUGUGUAAGGAGACCCUUGAAGUCAAAAGACCAUGAAACUAGCCUGACCCUUUUACCCAAAACAGCACUAGAAGACGGAUUUUUUUUUCAUUUCAGUGUCAAACCCCAUGAGAAAUCUACUCAUCACAGAAUAAACAAG